UGAUACUAUAGCGUGGACAUGCUGUUGGCCCAAGGCUACGAACUCAACUGGAAAUCGACUGAUAGCGUUUCCAACUUUGCGGUAUGAAAAUUUAGGUUUGCUGGAGACACCAAGCGAUGACCAUACUACUGCUCGAGGAGAUCAUGCUGGACGAGGAGAUGAUGAUAAGACAAGGAGAAGAUCCUCGUGUAAUUCCUCGUCCAAGGUCGCUCUGCGAGCACCUGCGUCCACCGAGGAAGUGGGUGGAAGCAGCAGCAGCAGCAGCAGUUAUACUCGGAGUAAGCAAGUGUAUUCAGCUAUCAAAAGUCGGAGGGAUUAUCGAACGCUUGGGGAGUUCUCAGGAUCGACGAAUAAUUCCUCAGCAGGCGGCGCAAGUAACGAAGUCGACAGAGAGGAUCAGAUCUCUACUAGGCAAUCACAGAUUCUAGGAGUAGGAGGUGCUGGGAACUUGGGAGGUGCUGUGGUCGCAGAAGAUGGUGGACAAACACAGCUUGUCGGGCAGCCCGUACAAGCCAUAGGGUCUGGAG